GUUCCGCUUCCCGUCUGUUGUCACAGCAACAGUUAACAACAAAAACACUACCUGACCCGAACCUAAAGAGAAACGCUACACUGAAUCCAGGCAUCAAUUCGGAGCGAUUUCUGAGCAGAAAAGCACUCGAAAAUAAAUCCUAAAGGAGUCACGUUUCCAUCAGGGUAACAAUGAGUCAACGACAGAUCAUUCAAGGUGAGAUUCGUUCGCCAGGCUAUACCAAGAUACAGAACAAGGAAAAAUGAGCGAAAAAAAUAAGUUUUCUGUUUGUUUGUGUUUUGCAGCUUUUGAGCAGUAUCAGAAGUCCAGACUGCAAUUUGUGCAAACUGUUUCCGAUUUGGCAUCCAGACCCCAGAACAUCGAAAUGCUUCAAAAUGCGGGUAAGAACCACCGCUAUAGUGGUGUAGGGGAGAGUGGGGUAGGAUGAGACAUUUUUAAUAUUUUUACACUACAUCAAGGUAAUCAUAGUUUUGACUCUAACUAGAAUAUCUGCAUGUAUUUCAGGUUGUUGUGCAUCCCUGCAAACCAGAAUAAGUGUAAACAUAACUGUCUUGAUAAUAUAGCAUGCCAAAAAGUGGUCUCCUAUGUUCAACUUACCCACUGAAAUACAGAGGUCAAUCUUUGUGGAACCAACUACCAAACACUGUACAGUCAACAUCUUCUUUAUCAUCAUUUAAAAGGCAAUUAAAGAGGUCAUUGCAGUGAUAGUUUUGAGUAACUGAUCUUGGAUCCAUUUGAUUUGAUUGGAUUUGUUAACUGUCAUGUAAUUUGUAUUUCCUUGUUACUGUUAAAUUUUAUUGUUGUUUCUGCAUAUUUAUUGAUCUGUUUUGUUUGUUUGUUUGUUUGUUUUUUGAUAACUUGCACUGCUGCCUAGAUUAAUCAGGAUAUAUCAUGGGGGGGUACUUUGACAAGCUUUUUUUGGCUUCUAACCUCAACUGCACAAUGCUGUUUUAAAUCUAUCAUGAAAUUGUUCUCUAUUUGUCAUGUGCAAAUGAAUAAACACACAUAAACAAACCCUGUGUAUGGGGUAAGUUGACCAUAGGAGGGGGCAAGUUGAGCCGUAUGCCUACUAACCCCCCACCCUCUACCCCAGCCCUCCCUCACCUUCUCUCUGAAACUCUGAUCCUCUCAUCAGACUCCUUUACUUUCUCAGUCGAGCCACUGACUUAACUGAGAUUGUGGACUUUUUUUAAAUGGUGGACUUUUAUUCUAAGUUUUUGACCUCAUGUUGUAGCUCAUAAAUACCACAAUUGACAUACAAAACAAAUUUAAAAUUACAUUUUUUUUUGGUCUGAACACAAUUCUAAUAAAACUUAUGACAGACUAAAUUCGCUUUCAAGAGUGAAAAAUGUUUUUUUGGAAAUAAAUGUCUAACCCCUUCACCCAUGUGCUUCUAACCUUCACAGACUCCAUGAAUUGAUGCCCAUCUCCUAAAUAUUUGGCCACAUGAUCCAUUUCUUUUACCAUUUCCAAGCAACAGGGGGUGGUUUGUUGCUUUAUCUCCUCCUCCUGUGUUGCAGGUGUGAUGUCCCUGCUGCGCCCCCUCAUGCUGGAUGUUGUCCCCAGCAUCCAGCAGACUGCAGCUCUGGCUCUGGGCCACCUGGCUGACCACAGUGAUGACCUGGCUGAGGCUGUGGUGAAGGAGGACAUCCUGCCUCAUCUGAUCUCCUCUCUGGCCUCACAGAAUGUCAGUAUUUUAUCCCUUGACCAUAUAAAUGCUUGUUCACCACACACAGGUUUUACAGACUCUAGUUUUCAGAGUUGUGUGCUGCUGUCAACCUAAUAGACUUCAGGGUCCCCCCCUCCACACACACACACACACACACACACACACACACACACACACACACACACACACACACACACACACACACACCGUAUGUGAGAUUGUAUUUUGGGCUAACUUGGCAGUUCGCCUGGGGGCUACUUGAAAACCUAAGAGCCCCUUACCAUUAGAGCAACUAGGCCUUUGUUUUCUCUGCUUUUUUCCCUCUCAGUCCACUCACAGUCUCACAGAGGGGGAGAUUAGGGUUUAAAUCGAACUACUAAUGGGAGAUCUCAUCAGAAAAGACUGUAUUUAGCAUAUAGAUUUUUAAACAUUCAAUAUCAAACACAUUUCAAAAUUAGUGUUAGCAAAUUUUUAGUCUACACAAUCUUUGACAUUAUUUAAUCAGUUUAAAAUCCCAUAAUUGAUUAUUUUUGUAACCACUCCUUAUUUAUGUUAAAAUAGCUUUACAUAGCUUGGGAAAGAAAAUCAGUUCUUUAUUCACAGAGUUUUGAAGGGAACUUUGGAGUCCUUUUUUUAUUUGCUUAUUGGUAUUUAAAUCUUGAGGCUCAGUGUAGAGGUAUAAAAACAUUUUUAGGGCCCGAGCUGAUGCUGAAAGCAGCAGGAGAGAGCCCCACUGAAAUUGCAGGAAUUAUUUAUUAUUAUUGGUUAAAGUUUUUCAACUUAAAAUCACCCUAGACGGGCUAAAAGCCUCAUGAAAUUUGGCAGACGGGUUAGGCCUGGUUUAAAUUAACGUAUUUUGCUGUGCUCCUAUAUUUUUUCAUUCUAAAAAAUGAUAUUUUUAACGUACAAUACUGACAUUUAUUUUCAUGCUAAAAAAAUAAUUUUGUUCAUACUUAAAUAUGAAAUUUUAACAAUAUGACAAAGAAUAAUUUUCAUAUGACGAAAAUAUAAUUUUUUUCCUUCCCAAUUUUAAAGAUUUUAACAUACUAUGCUUUGACCAUUUUUUAUCAUACUAUACUAUGACACUUUGCUUUAUACUAAAAUAUAUAUAAAAAAAUACCUACUCAAUACCUACCUAAAUACCUACUCAAAUAUGACAUUUUUAUCAUACUAUAAUAUAACAUUUUUAUCAUACUAUACUAUGACAUUUUUCAUACUAAAAAAUAUUUUUUUUUCCGACUCAAUUUUAAAAUUUUAAACAUACUAUACUAUGACAAUUUGAUCAUACUAUACUAUGACAUUUUUAUCAUACUAAAAUAUAAAUGUUUUUUUCCUACUCAAUUUUGAAAUUUUAAGCAUACUAUACUAUGACAUUUUUAUCGUACUAUACUAUGACAUUUUUAUCAUUUUUAUCCCAUUACAUUUUUAUCAUUUUUAUCCCAUUACAUUUUUUAUACCAAAAGUAUUUUUUUUCUUGCUAAUUUUUAAGCUUUUUCCUACUCAAUUUUGAAAUUUUAAGCAUGCUAUACUAUGACAUUUUGAUUGUACUAUACUAUGACAUUUUUCAUUCUAAAAAAUAUUUUUUUCCUACUCAAUUUUAAAAUUGUAAACAUACUAUACUAUGACAUUUUGAUCAUACUAUCCAAUGACAUUUUUUAUACUAAAACAUAUUUUUUUUCCUACUCAAUUUUGAAAUUUUAAACAUGCUAUACUAUGACAUUGUGAUCAUAGUAUACUAUGACAUUUUUAUCAUACUAAAAUAUAAAUGUUUUUUUCCUACUCAAUUUUGAAAUUUUAAGCAUACUAUACUAUGACAUUUUUAUCAUACUAUACAAUGACAUUUUUAUCAUUUUUAUCCCAUGACAUUUUUAUCAUUUUUAUCCCAUGACAUUAUUUAUACCAAAAGUUUGUUUUUUCUUGCUCAAUUUUAAGCUUUUUCCUACUAAACUUUGAAUUUAUUCACAUACUAAUAUGACAUUUUUAUCAUACUUUACUAUGACAUUUUUAUCAUACUAUACUAUGACAUUUCUAUCAUACUAUACUAUGACAUUUUUUCAUACUAAAAAUACAUGUUUUUUCCUACUCAAUUUUGAAAUUUUAAACAUGCUAUACUAUGACAUUUUGAUCAUACUAUACUAUGACAUUUUGAUCAUACUAAAAUAUAAAUGUAUUUUCCUACUCAAUUUUGAAAUUUUAAGCAUUCUAUACCAUGACAUUUUUAUCAUACAAUACUAUGACAUUUUUAUCAUACUAUACAAUGACAUUUUUAUCAUUUUAAUCCCAUGACAUUUUUAUCAUUUUUAUCCCAUGACAUUUUUUAUACCAAAAGUAUGUUUUUUCUUGCUCAAUUUUAAGCUUUUUCCUACUAAACUUUGAAUUUAUUCACAUACUAAUAUGACAUUUUGAUCAUACUAUACUAUGACAUUUUUAUUUUACUAUACUAUGACAUUUUUUCAUACUAAAAAAUAUGUUUUUUCCUACUCAAUCCUGAAAUUUUAAACAUGCUAUACUAUGACAUUUUGAUAAUACUAUACUAUGACAUUUUUCAUACUAAAAUAUAAAUGUAUUUUCCUACUCAAUUUUGAAAUUUUAAGCACUCUAUACUAUGACAUUUUCAUCAUACUAUACUAUGACAUUUUUAUCAUACUAUACUAUGGCAUUUUUCAUACUAAAAAAUAUUUUUUUUCCUACUCAAUUUUUAAAUUUUUAAACAUACUAUACCAUGACAUUUUUAUCAUACUAUACUAUGACAUUUUUCAUACUAAAAUAUAAAUGUUUUUUCUUCUCAAUUCUGAAAUUUUAAGCAUACUUUACUAUGACAUUUUGAUCGUACUAUACUAUGAUAUUUUUCAUACUAAAAUAUAAAUGUUUUUUUCCUACUGAAUUUUUUAAUUUUAAGCAUACUAUACUAUGACAUUUUUAUCAUUUUUAUCCCAUUACAUUUUUAUCAUUUUCAUCCCAUGACAUUAUUUAUACCAAAAGUAUGUUUUUUCCUGCUCAUUUUUAAGCUUUUUCCUACUAAAUUUUGCAUUUUUUCACAUACUUUACUAUGAUAUCUUUAUCAUACUAUACCCUAAUACAUUUUUUUAUACUAAAAAAUAUUUUUUUUCCUGCUCAAUUUUGAAAUUUUAAACAUGCUAUACUAUGACGUUUUGAUCAUACCAUACUAUGACAUUUUUCAUACUAAAAUAUAAAUGUAUUUUCCUACUCAAUUAUGAAAUUUUAAGCACUCUAUACCAUGACAUUUUUAUCAUACUAUACUAUGACAUUUCUCAUACUAAAAAAUAUUUUUUUUCCUACUCAAUUUUUAAAUUUUUAAACAUACUAUACUAUGACAUUUUUAUCAUACUAUACUAUGACAUUUUUCAUUCUAAAAUAUAAAUGUUUUUUCCUACUCAAUUUUGAAAUUUUAAACAUGCUAUACUAUGACAUUUUGAUCAUACUAUACGAUGACAUUUUUAUCAAACUAAAAUAUAAAUGUUUUUUUCCUACUCAAUUUUGAAAUUUUAAGCAUACUAUAGUAUGACAUUUUUAUCAUUUUUAUCCCAUGAAAUUUUUUAUCAUAUUUAUCCCAUGACAUUUUUUAUACCAAAAGUAUUUUUUUCUUGCUCAUUUUUAAGCUUUUUCCUACUAAAUUCUGCAUUUUUUUCACAAACUAAUGACAUUUUUAUCAUACUUUACUAUGACAUUUUGAUCAUACUAUACUAUGACACUUUUUCACACUAAAAAAAUUUUUUUUUUCCUACUCAAUUUUGAAAUUUUAAACAUGCUAUACUAUGACAUUUUGGUCAUACUAUACCAUGAUAUUUUUGCAUACUAAAAAAUAUUUGAUUUCCUACUCAAUUUUGAAAUUUUAAACAUGCUAUACUAUGACAUUUUGAUCAUACUAUACUGACAUUUUUAUCAUACUAAAAUAUAAAUGUUUUUUUCCUACUCAAUUUUGAAAUUUUAAGCAUACUAUACUAUGACAUUUUUAUCAUACUAUACUGACAUUUUUAUCAUACUACACUAUGACAAUUUUCAUACUAAAAAAUAUUUUUUUCCUACUCAAUUUUAAAAUUGUAAACAUACUAUACUAUGACAUUUUGAUCAUACUUUCCAAUGACAUUUUUUAUACUAAAAAAUAUUUUUUUUCCUACAUUAUUUUGAAAUUUUAAGCAUACUAUACUAUGACAUUUUGAUCAAACUUUAUUAUGACAUUUUUAUCAUACUAUACUAUGACAUUUUUCAUACUAAAAAACAUUUUUUUCCUACUCAAUUUUAAAAUUUUAAACAUGCUAUACCAUGACAUUUUGAUCAUACUAUACUAUGACAUUUUUAUCAUACUAAAAUAUAAAUGUUUUUUUCCUACUCAAUUUUGAAAUUUUAAACAUGCUAUACUAUGACAUUUUUUAUCAUACUAUACUAUGACAUUUUUAUCAUACUAAAAUAUAAAUGUUUUUUCUCACUCAAUUUUUAAAUUUUAAGCAUACUAUACUAUGACAUUUUUAUCAUACUAUAGUAUGACAUUUUUAUCAUUUUUAUCCCAUUACAUUUUUAUCAUUUUUAUCCAAUCACAUUUUUAAUACUAAAAGUAUUUUUUUCUUGCUCAUUUUUAAGCUUUUUCCUACUAAAUUUUUCAUUUUUUCACAUACUAAUAUGACAUUUUGAUCAUACUAUACUAUGACAUUUUUCAUACUAAAAAAUAUUUUUUUUCCUACUCAAUUUUGAAAUUUUAAGCAUGCUAUACGAUGACAUUUUGAUCAUACUAUUCUAUGACAUUUUUAAUUCUAAAAUAUGAAUGUAUUUUCCUACUCAAUUUUGAAAUUUUAAGCAUACUAUACAAUAACAUUUUUAUCAUACUAUACUAUGAGAUUUUUAUCAUUUUUAUCCCAUCACAUUUUUAUCAUUUUUAUCCCAUGACAUUUUUUAUACCAAAACUUUUUUUUCUUGCUCAUUUUUAAGCUUUUCCUACUAAAUUUUGGGCUUUUCCACAUACGAAUAUGACAUUUUGAUCAAACUUUAUUAUGACAUUUUUAUCAUACUAUACUAUGACAUUUUUCAUACUAAAAAACAUUUUUUUCCUACUCAAUUUUAAAAUUUUAAACAUGCUAUACCAUGACAUUUUGAUCAUACUAUACUAUGACAUUUUUAUCAUACUAAAAUAUAAAUGUUUUUUUCCUACUCAAUUUUGAAAUUUUAAACAUGCUAUACUAUGAUAUUUUGAUCAUACUAUACAAUGACAUUUUUAUUCUAAAAUAUGAAUGUAUUUUCCUACUCAAUUUUGAAAUUUUAAGCAUACUAUACGAUAACAUUUUUAUCAUACUAUACUGUGACAUUUUUAUCAUACUAUACUAUGACAUUUUUCAUACUAAAAAACAUUUUUUUCCUACUCAAUUUUAACAUUUUAAACAUGCUAUACCAUGACAUUUUGAUCAUACUAUAGUAUGACAUUUUUAUCAUACUAAAAUAUAAAUGUUUUUUCCUACUCAAUUUUGAAUUUUUAAACAUGUUAUACUAUGACAUUUUUAUCAUACUAUACUAUGACAUUUUUAUCAUACUAAAAUAUAAAUGUUUUUUCCCUACUUAAUUUUUAAAUUUUAAGCAUACUAUACUAUGACAUUUUCAUCAUACUAUACUAUGACAUUUUUAUCAUUUUUAUCCCAUCACAUUUUUUUCAUUUUUAUCCCAUCACAUUUUUUAUACGAAAACUUUUUUUUCUUGCUCAUUUUUAAGCUUUUUCCUACUAAAUUUUGGGCUUUUCCAUAUACUAAUAUGACAUUUUUAUCAAACUUUAUUAUGACAUUUUUAUCAUACUAUACUAUGACAUUUUUCAUACUAAAAAACAUUUUUUUCCUACUCAAUUUUAAAAUUUUAAACAUGCUAUACCAUGACAUUUUGAUCAUACUAUACUAUGACAUUUUUAUCAUACUAAAAUAUAAAUGUUUUUUUCCUACUCAAUUUUGAAAUCUUAAACAUGCUAUACUAUGACAUUUUUAUCAUACUAUACUAUGACAUUUUUCAUACUAAAAAACAUUUUUUUUCCUACUCAAUUUUAAAAUUUUAAAUAUGCUAUACCAUGACAUUUUGAUCAUACUAUACUAUGACAUUUUUAAUCAUACUAAAAUAUAAAUGUUUUUUCCUUCUUAAUUUAUAAAUUUUAAGCAUACUAUACUGACAUUUUGAUCAUACUAUACUAUGAGAUUUUUAUCAUUUUUAUCCCAUCACAUUUUUAUCAUUUUUAUCCCAUGACAUUUUUUAUACCAAAACUUUUUUUCUUGCUCAUUUUUAAGCUUUUUCCUACUAAAUUUUGCACUUUUCCACAUACUAAUAUGACAUUUUUAUCAAACUUUAUUAUGACAUUUUAAUCAUACUAUACUAUGACAUUUUUCAUACUACAAAACAUUUUUUUCCUACUCAAUUUUAAAAUUUUAAUCAUGCUAUACCAUGAUAUUUUGAUCAUACUAUACUAUGACAUUUUUAUCAUACUAAAAUAUAAAUGUUUUUUUCCUACUCAAUUUUGAAAUCUUAAACAUGCUAUACUAUGACAUUUUUAUCAUACUAUACUAUGACAUUUUUAUCAUUUUUAUCCCAUGACAUUUUUAUCCCAUGACAGUUUUUAAUACUAAAAGUAUUUUUUUUCUUGCUCAUUUUUAAGCUUUUUCCUACUAAAUUUUUCAUUUUUUCACAUACUAAUAUGACAUUUUUAUCAAACUUUAUUAUGACAUUUUAAUCAUACUAUACUAUGACAUUUUUCAUACUACAAAACAUUUUUUUCCUACUCAAUUUUGAAAUUUUAAACAUGCUAUACUAUGACAUUUUGAUCAUACUAUACUAUGAUAUUUUUAUCAUACUAAAAUAUAAAUGUUUUUUUCCUACUCAAUUUUUAAAUUUUAAGCAUACUAUACUAUGACAUUUUUAUCAUACUAUACGAUGACAUCUUUAACCUUUUUUAUCCCAUGACAUUUUUAUCCCAUGACAGUUUUUAAUAUUUAAAGUAUUUUUUUUCUUGCUCAUUUUUAAGCUUUUUCCUACUAAAUUUUGCAUUCUUUUCACAUACUAAUAUGACAUUUUUAUCAUACUUUACUAUGACAUUUUGAUCAUACUAUACUAUGACAUUUUUCAUACUAAAAAAUAUUUUUUUUCCUACUCAAUUUUGAAAUUUUAAACAUGCUAUACUAUGACAUUUUGAUCAUACUAUAUUAUGACAUUUUUCAUUCUAAAAUAUGAAUGUUUUUUCCUACUUAAUUUUGAAAUUUUAAGCAUACUAUACAAUAACAUUUUUAUCAUACUAUACUGACAUUUUUAUCAUACUAUACUAUGACAUUUUUCAUACCAAAAAACAUUUUUUUCCUAUUAAAUUUUAAAAUUUUAAACAUGCUAUACCAUGACAUUUUGAUCAUACUAUACUAUGACAUUUUUAUCAUACUAAAAUAUAAAUGUUUUUUUCCUACUUAAUUUUUAAAUUUUAAACAUGCUAUACUAUGACAUUUUGAUCAUACUAUACUAUGACAUUUUUAUCAUACUAAAAUAUAAAUGUUUUUUUCCUACUUAAUUUUUAAAUUUUAAACAUGCUAUACUAUGACAUUUUUAUCAUACUAAAAUAUAAAUGUUUUUUCCCUACUUAAUUUUUAAAUUUUAAGCAUACUAUACUAUGACAUUUUUAUCAUACUAUAGUAUGACAUUUUUAUCAUUUUUAUCCCAUCACAUUUUUAUCAUUUUUAUCCCAUGACAUUUUUUAUACCAAAACUUUUUUUUCUUGCUCAUUUUUAAGCUUUUUCCUACUAAAUUUUGGGCUUUUCCACAUACUAAUAUGACAUUUUUAUCAAACUUUAUUAUGACAUUUUUAUCAUACUAUACUAUGACAUUUUUUCAUACUAAAAAAUAUUUUUUUCCUACUCAAUUUUGAAAUUUUAAACAUGCUAUACCAUGACAUUUUGAUCAUACUAUACUAUGACAUUUUUAUCAUACUAAAAUAUAAAUGUUUUUUUCCUACUCAAUUUUGAAAUUUUAAACAUGCUAUACUAUGACAUUUUUUAUCAUACUAUACUAUGACAUUUUUAUCAUAUCAAAAAUAUAAAUGUUUUUUUCCUACUUAAUUUUUAAAUUUUAAGCAUACUAUACUAUGACAUUUUAAUCAUACUAUACUAUGAGAUUUUUAUCAUUUUUAUCCCAUCACAUUUUUAUCAUUUUUAUCCCAUGACAUUUUUUUUACCAAAAUUUUUUUUCUUGCUCAUUUUUAAGCUUUUCCUACUAAAUUUUGGGCUUUUCCACAUACGAAUAUGACAUUUUGAUCAAAUUUUAUUAUGACAUUUUUAUCAUACUAUACUAUGACAUUUUUCAUACUAAAAAACAUUUUUUUCCUACUCAAUUUUAAAAUUUUAAACAUGCUAUACCAUGACAUUUUGAUCAAACUAUACUAUGACAUUUUUAUCAUACUAAAAUAUAAAUGUUUUUUUCCUACUCAAUUUUAAAAUUUUAAACAUGUUAUACUAUGACAUUUUUAUCAUACUAUACUAUGACAUUUUUAUCAUUUUUAUCCCAUUACAUUUUUAUCAUUUUUAUCCCAUCACAUUUUUAAUACUAAAAGUAUUUUUUUUCUUGCUCAUUUUUAAGCUUUUUCCUACUAAAUUUUUCAUUUUUUUCACAUACUAAUAUGACAUUUUGAUCAUACUAUACUAUGACAUUUUGAUCAUACUAUACUAUGACAUUUAUCAUACUAAAAAAUAUUUUUUUUCCUACUCAAUUUUGAAAUUUUAAACAUGCUAUACUAUGACAUUUUGAUCAAACUAUACUAUGACAUUUUUCAUUCUAAAAUAUGAAUGUAUUUUCCUACUCAAUUUUGAAAUUUUAAGCAUACUAUACAAUAUUUUUAUCAUACUAUACUAUGACAUUUUUAUCAUACUAUACUAUGACAUUUUAAUACUAAAAAACAUUUUUUCCUACUCAAUUUUAACAUUUUAAACAUGCUAUACCAUGACAUUUUGAUCAUACUAUACUAUGACAUUUUUAUCAUACUAAAAUAUAAAUGUUUUUUUCCUACUCAAUUUUGAAAUUUUAAACAUGUUAUACUAUGACAUUUUUAUCAUACUAUACUAUGACAUUUUUAUCAUACUAAAAUAUAAUUGUUUUUUUCCUACUUAAUUUUUAAAUUUUAAGCAUACUAUACUAUGACAUUUUUAUCAUACUAUACUAUGACAUUUUUAUCAUUUUUAUCCCAUGACAUUUUUAUCCCAUGACAGUUUUUAAUACUUAAAGUAUUUUUUUUCUUGCUCAUUUUUAAGCUUUUUCUUACUAAAUUUUGGGCUUUUCCAUAUACUAAUAUGACAUUUUUAUCAAACUUUAUUAUGACAUUUUUAUCAUACUAUACUAUGACAUUUUUCAUACUAAAAAAUAUUUUUUUUCCUACUCAAUUUUGAAAUUUUAAACAUGCUAUACUACGACAUUUUGAUCAUACUAUACUAUGACAUUUUUCAUUCUAAAAUAUGAAUGUAUUUUCCUACUCAAUUUUGAAAUUUUAAGCAUACUAUACGAUGACAUUUUUAUCAUACUAUACUGACAUUUUUAUCAUACUAUACUAUGACAUUUUUCAUACUAAAAAACAUUUUUUUCCUACUCAAUUUUAAAAUUUUAAACAUGCUAUACCAUGACAUUUUGAUCAUACUAUACUAUGACAUUUUUAUCAUACUAAAAUAUAAAUGUAUUUUCCAACUCAAUUUUGAAAUUUUAAGCAUUCUAUACCAUGACAUUUUUAUCAUACUAUACUAUGACAUUUUUCAUACUAAAAUAUAAAUGUAUUUUCCUACUCAAUUUUAAAAUUUUAAGCAUUCUAUACCAUGACAUUUUGAUCAUACUAUACGAUGACAUUUUUAUCAUUUUUAUCCCAUCACAUUUUUAUCAUUUUUAUCCCAUGACAUUUUUUAUACCAAAACUUUUUUUUCUUGCUCAUUUUUAAGCUUUUUCCUACUAAAUUUUGCACUUUUCCACAUACUAAUAUGACAUUUUUAUCAAACUUUAUUAUGACAUUUUUAUCAUACCGUACUAUGACAUUUUUUCAUACUAAAAAAUAUUUUUUUCCUACUCGAUUUUGAAAUUUUAAACAUGCUAUACUAUGACAUUUUUAUCAUACUAUACUAUGACAUUUUUAUCAUACUAAAAUAUAAAUGUUUUUUCCCUACUUAAUUUUUAAAUUUUAAGCAUACUAUACUAUGACAUUUUUAUCAAACUAUACUAUGACAUUUCUAUCAUUUUUAUCCCAUGACAUUUUUUAUACCAAAAUUUUUUUUUCUUGCUCAUUUUUAAGCUCUUUCCUACUAAAUUUUGCACUUUUCCACAUACUAAUAUGACAUUUUUAUCAAACUUUAUUAUGACAUUUUUAUCAUACCGUACUAUGACAUUUUUUCGUACUAAAAAAUAUUUUUUUCCUACUCGAUUUUGAAAUUUUAAACAUGCUAUACUAUGACAUUUUUAUCAUACUAUACUAUGACAUUUUUAUCAUACUAAAAUAUAAAUGUUUUUUCCCUACUUAAUUUUUAAAUUUUAAGCAUACUAUACUAUGACAUUUUUAUCAAACUAUACUAUGACAUUUUUAUCAUUUUUAUCCCAUGACAUUUUUUUUACCAAAAUUUUUUUUUCUUGCUCAUUUUUAAGCUUUUCCUACUAAAUUUUGGGCUUUUCCACAUACGAAUAUGACAUUUUGAUCAAACUUUAUUAUGACAUUUUUAUCAUACUAUACUAUGACAUUUUUCAUACUAAAAAACAUUUUUUUCCUACUCAAUUUUAAAAUUUUAAACAUGCUAUACCAUGACAUUUUGAUCAAACUAUACUAUGACAUUUUUAUCAUACUAAAAUAUAAAUGUUUUUUUCCUACUCAAUUUUGAAAUUUUAAACAUGUUAUACUAUGACAUUUUUAUCAUACUAUACUAUGACAUUUUUAUCAUACUAAAAUAUAAAUGUUUUUUUCCUACUUAAUUUUUAAAUUUUAAGCAUACUAUACUAUGACAUUUUUAUCAUACUAUACUAUGACAUUUUUAUCAUUUUUAUCCCACGACAUUUUUAUCCCAUGACAGUUUUUAAUACUUAAAGUAUUUUUUUUCUUGCUCAUUUUUAAGCUUUUUCCUACUAAAUUUUUCAUUUUUUUCACAUACUAAUAUGACAUUUUGAUCAUACUAUACUAUGACAUUUUGAUCAAACUAUACUAUGACAUUUUUCAUUCUAAAAUAUGAAUGUAUUUUCCUACUCAAUUUUGAAAUUUUAAGCAUACUAUACGAUAAUAUUUUUAUCAUACUAUACUAUGACAUUUUUAUCAUACUAUACUAUGACAUUUUCAUCCUAAAAAACAUUUUUUUCCUACUCAAUUUUACCAUUUUAAACAUGCUAUACCAUGACAUUUUGAUCAUACUAUACUAUGACAUUUUUAUCAUACUAAAAUGUAAAUGUUUUAUUUCCUACUCAAUUUUGAAAUUUUAAACAUGUUAUACUAUGACAUUUUUAUCAUACUAUACUAUGACAUUUUUAUCAUACUAAAAUAUAAAUGUUUUUUCCUUCUUAAUUUAUAAAUUUUAAGCAUACUAUACUGACAUUUUGAUCAUACUAUACUAUGAGAUUUUUAUCAUUUUUAUCCCAUCACAUUUUUAUCAUUUUUAUCCCAUGACAUUUUUAUACCAAAACUUUUUUUCUUGCUCAUUUUUAAGCUUUUUCCUACUAAAUUUUGCACUUUUCCACAUACUAAUAUGACAUUUUUAUCAAACUUUAUUAUGACAUUUUAAUCAUACUAUACUAUGACAUUUUUCAUACUACAAAACAUUUUUUUCCUACUCAAUUUUAAAAUUUUAAUCAUGCUAUACCAUGACAUUUUGAUCAUACUAUACUAUGACAUUUUUAUCAUACUAAAAUAUAAAUGUUUUUUUCCUACUAAAUGUUUGAAUUUUAAGCAUACUAUACUAUGACAUUUUUGAUCAUACUAUACGAUGACAUCUUUAUCAUUUUUAUCCCAUGACAUUUUUAUCCCAUGACAGUUUUUAAUAUUUAAAGUAUUUUUUUUCUUGCUCAUUUUUAAGCUUUUUCCUACUCAAUUUUUCAUUUUUUUCACAUACUAAUAUGACAUUUUGAUCAUACUUUACUAUGACAUUUUGAUCAUACUAUACAAUGACAUUUUUCAUACUAAAAAAUAUUUUUUUUCCUACUCAAUUUUGAAAUUUUAAACAUGCUAUACCAUGACAUUUUGAUCAUACUAUACUAUGACAUUUUUAUCAUACUAAAAUAUAAAUGUUUUUUUCCUACUUAAUUUUUAAAUUUUAAACAUGCUAUACUAUGACAUUUUUAUCAUACUAAAAUAUAAAUGUUUUUUCCCUACUUAAUUUUUAAAUUUUAAGCAUACUAUACUAUGACAUUUUUAUCAUACUAUACUAUGACAUUUUUAUCAUUUUUAUCCCAUCACAUUUUUAUCAUUUUUAUCCCAUGACAUUUUUUAUACCAAAACUUUUUUUUCUUGCUCAUUUUUAAGCUUUUUCCUACUAAAUUUUGGGCUUUUCCACAUACUAAUAUGACAUUUUUAUCAAACUUUAUUAUGACAUUUUUAUCAUACUAUACUAUGACAUUUUUACCAUACUAAAAAAUAUUUUUUUCCUACUCAAUUUUGAAAUUUUAAACAUGCUAUACUAUGACAUUUUUUAUCAUACUAUACUAUGACAUUUUUAUCAUACUAAAAUAUAAAUGUUUUUUUCCUACUUAAUUUUUUGAAUUUUAAGCAUACUAUACUAUGACAUUUUUAUCAUACUAUACUAUGACAUUUUUAUCAUUUUUAUCCAAUGACAUUUUUUAUACCAAAACUUUUUUUUCUUGCUCAUUUUUAAGCUUUUUCCUACUAAAUGUUGCACUUUUCCACAUACUAAUAUGACAUUUUUAUCAAACUCUAUUAUGACAUUUUUAUCAUACUAUACUAUGACAUUUUUUUAUACUAAAAAAUAUUUUUUCCUACUCGAUUUUGAAAAUUUAAUCAUGCUAUACUAUGACAUUUUUAUCAUACUAUACUAUGACAUUUUUAUCGUACUAAAAUAUAAAUGUUUUUUUCCUACUCGAUUUUGAAAUUUUAAACAUGCUAUACUAUGACAUUUUGAUCAUACUAUACUAUGACAUUUUUAUCAUUUUUAUCCCAUGACAUUUUUAUCAUUUUUGUCCCAUAACAUUUUUUUUACCAAACGUUUGUUUUUUCUUGCUCAUUUUUAAGCUUUUUCCUUCUAAGUUUUGCAUUUUUUCACAUACUAAUAAGACAUUUUUAUCAAACCUUAUUAUAUUUUUAACAUACUAUACAAUGAAAUCUUUUCAUACUAAAAAAUAUUUUUUUUCCUACUCAAUUUUGAAAUUUUAAGCAUACUAUACUAUGACAUUUUGAUCAUACUAUACUAUGACAUUUUUUAUACUAAAAAAUAUUUUUUUUCCUACUCAAUUUUGAAAAUUUAAACAUGCUUUACUAUGACAUUUUGAUCAUUCUAUACUAUGACAUUUUUCAUACUACAAUAUAAAUGUAUUUUCCUACUUAAUUCUGAAAUUUUAAUCAUACUAUACUAUGACAUUUUUAUCGUACUAUACUAUAACAUUUUUAUCACACUAUACGAUGACUUUUUGAUCAUACUAUACUAUGACAUUUUCCUUCAUACUAAAAUAUGAAAAAUUUGUUCUGCUCAAUUUUGCUAUGACAUUUUUCAUCAUACUAUACAAUGAGUAUUAUUAUUCUACACUUUGAUUUCUUUCAUACGAAAACUUUAAAUUGUUAUCAUACUAUACUAUGAUAUUUUUAUAAUACCACAGUCUGACUUUUUUUACAUACUUAAUUUAAAAUCUUUACCCAAACCAUAAGUUCCUUACUGAUCGUGUGUUUUAACAUACUUUACCAUCAAUUUAUUUUAAUCAUACUUAACUACGAUUUUUCAUCAUACUAUAAUAAUUUUUUUUUAACUAUUCAAUGACAUCUGUAUCAAACUAUACUUUGACAUUUUUUAUCAUACAAAAUUUUAUCAUAAUAUACAAUUACAUUUUAUGGUACUAUACUAUGAUAAUUAUAUCAUACUUAACUGUAGCUUUUAAACAUACUAUAUUAUAGUUUUUUUUCAUACUAUUAGGACAUUUUUAUAAUACUAUUUUAGAAAAUUUAUUAGCAAUACCAGCAUCUGUUGACUCUAAACAAUUAAAGUUAACUUUGAAUCGUAAGUUGGCACAUCAACAGCAAAGUGUAACUUCACAUAGAUAAUUUACUCCUUUCAAAAAAAUGAUUGAAUGGAAAGAAAAGUUUGCAAUUAAACAGACAAGACAUAUUCAUCUUUAAUUGGUUUCUGAGAUUUAUGGCUGAUUGUGUUUGUAUUCAGAAUUCCUAUAAGAAGGCAGCAGCCUUUGUGCUGCGUGCAGUUGCCAAACACUCUCCUGAGCUUUCCCAGGCUGUAGUAGCAUGUGGAGGAGUGGAUGCCCUGGUGGUCUGCCUGUCAGACUUUGACCCUGGGGUGAAGGAGGCAGCUGCCUGGGCCCUUGGCUUCAUUGCACGACACAAUGCAUGUAAGAAAGACAUACUGGCAGGCUAAUUUUUCUUUGUUUUGAAGAAGCGUUUUGUAGCAAUAAGCUUUAAAAAAAAAAGUCUAAUUUUUCUGUUCCUCUUUCCCCUUUCCUGUGCAGCACUGUCUCAGUCAGUUGUGGAUGCCGGUGCCAUCCCCCAGCUGGUGAUGUGUCUCCUGGAGCCUAAGGUAACUGUCAAACGCAUUGCAGCCUCCACUCUAAGUGAUAUCUGCAAACACACACCAGAGCUGGCUCAGACUGUGGUAGAAAGUGGAGCCAUCGCACACCUGGCACAGAUGAUCCUCAACCCGGACGCCAAACUCAAGGUAGACUAGUCCUUCCUCGAACAGCUACUAGUUUAACUCUAGCUAUUGUUCAUGUAUAAGACUACAAGUAAAGAGUAAUUCCUGGUUUUGAUUUAAAGCUGUUGUGAAGAGAUUUUAGAUGGUUAUAAAACUAUCUCAAACAUCUCAAAUUAGAUGUUUUGUAAGUAAUAAAAUGAUAUAAAUAAGCGUUUAAACUUGGAUUAUAGAGGGAGCUUUGGGGACCAGUUGAAAAUUGCUAUUGACUGUACUAUAUUCUUAUUUCUCAGGGGUUCUACAUCAUGUUUAUGUUUUUCUCUAUCCAUUUGAUAUCUUAUCCUUUAUUUGCAUUUUAUAAUUUAGAAUUUUUUUAAUUAAUCCAGCACUUUAAUCAUUCCAAUUUUAAUUCAAUCAAAUGGAUACUUCUUAAAAAACACCACAAAUACAUUUCUUUUUUUAACAUCUUUUUAUUAACUUCAACUGCUAAUUCAGUUCUUAUUUCAUCUAAUAAUUAUUUAUCAAACAUUUUUAAUAUUUGUCUGUAAGUGGUGUUGCAAAAAAGAAAAACUACACUUUUGAUUUUAAUUUCAGAUAAAAUGGGACAUGAAAAACUCAUCAAAUUGUUUUCAUUUAUAAACAAUUAAACUAAUUUUUUGAUCAUUCUUCAAGCAACAGAAUGAUUGAGAAAGUGUUUGUUUUUUUUUUUUAACUGUAAAGAGUAUAACGCAAGAGGGAUUUUAGGAAUAUUACAAAUAAUCUAAUAAAAAAUAAAAAUGAAGGAUAACCAAACCUUUUUAGAUAUAAUAAUAUCAGCUGUUAAUCUAUCAUUCAAAAAACGCAGUGCAGUAGAUGAAGUCUGAAAUAAAACACUCUGCUGUGUGUAUGUGUGUGUGCACGCAUGCAUGUGUGUGUAUAUCUGUGCAGAGGCAGGUGUUCUCUGCGCUCAGUCAGAUCAGUAAACACUCAAUCAGUCUGGCAGAGAUGGUGAUUGAGGCGGAGAUCUUCCCUGCUGCUGUGGUCUGCCUCAGAGAUCAGGAUGAGUUUGUGAGGAAGAACGUCUGCACCCUGAUGAGGGAGGUGGUCAAACACACACCUGAGGUACUGCCACACACACACACACACACACUGAAGUACACUUGAGUGCUUAGCUGGACACAGAGUCAUUUGUGUGUCUUUUUUCCGCCUCCAGCUGUCACAGGUGAUUGUGAACUGUGGCGGCAUGGCAGCAGUGGUCGACUACCUGGGCAACUGCCAGGGAAAUCUGCGUCUGCCUGGGAUUAUGAUGCUGGGAUAUGUUGCAGCUCACAGUGAGAAAUUAGCCAUGGCUGUCAUUCUCUCUAAGGUAUGUGUCAAUCUGCCCUCUAAUCCUCCUCAUCAGGUCAUGUGACCAUUAAACCCGCCACUCAAACCAAUGACAGUCUCGUAGUUCCUGUGUUUAGGUCGCUUUAACUGAAUUAGUCUUGUCUUGUUGUGUUACGUCAUCCUGUCCUGCAGGGGGUGCCACAGCUGUCCCUGUGCUUAUCAGAGGAGACUGAGCAUCACAUCAAGGCAGCCACAGUCUGGUCCAUUGGUCAAAUUGGUCAGCACACCCCUGAGCAUGCCAAGGUGGUGGCCACUGCUAAUCUGCUGCCCAAACUGCUGGAGCUCUACAUGGAUGCUUGCAGCUCAGAGGACCUUCAGGCCAAGGUGAGGUCACCAACUCAAAUCAAAAUUAGAUAUGACUAGUGAUGCACGAUAUGAAAAAUUUCAACCGAUACCGAUAACCGAUAAUUUUCUUCUUCUCAUGGCCGAUACCGAUAACCGAUAAAUUCAUAUUUUUACAUUUAUUAUAAUCUUCAUAUAAUCUGCAGUUUGUGCAGGAUGCAGCGAUUGAAAACUGAUGUUUUUGUUGCUCUGGCCUAUCUAGAACAACAAACUAAAGUUUUUGGCUCUUCAAAUGUGGUCAUUUGCUAUAAAUAACAAUAACAGAGCAAAAAGCAGAACUUCAUUUGAUCCCCUGAGCUGUUCAACAGAACUGUAAACUGUAAAGGAGCUAUUAUGAGCCGUUAGGCUUAGCAUGCUGACCGGACUAACAUCUGACGUCCAUAUGUCUGUGGUAAAACUCACGUGUAGUCCGUUCUUGUCGAUCAGGUUGUGAAUGUAUGUGGCGACAAUAUCAUAGAGUGCAGGAAGAGACACAUCCGAGAAGAAGCGGCGGCUUGGGAGAGUGUAACGUGGCUCCAAGUGUGCUAUUAACUUGCGAAAACCCGGGUUCUCAACGACGGAAAAAGGCUGGUCGUCGACCGCUAUGAACUCCAUCACUUUGUCGUUAAUGGCUUAAGCCUUUUCGCUGUCUCUUGAGAAGCUUUUGCAGUUUUUAAACGCCCGCUGAAUGGGGACAUCAAUCCUCCGUAGUGUUGUUGUCUUAGCUUUAGUACCGCUAGCAGCUUCGGCGGCUGUCUCAUAGUCCUUUAAUACUGCUCCGCUGCGAUGGCGACUUUUCAGAUGAGCUAUCAGAUUCGUUGUGUUAAAACUUGACGUCUUCUUUCCUCCUCUCGGAAUCCUCGCUGAACAGGUUUUGCAUAUAGCAAUGCUGUUGUCAUUUUCUGCCACUGAGAGAAACGACCAUGCUGGUGAAGACAUUUUAUUAUCUGUCAGGUAGUGACGGGGUCAGGCUUGGGACCUGCGAGUAAGGCGCGAUAGACGACGUGACCAGCGCGUCUCGGACGGGCGGCUACUCCGCCUGCAAACGUUACUCGUAAUUUCAUUAAUAUAUCGGAUCUUUCUAUCGAAAAAAUGCACCUAUCGGACCGAUAAAAAAUGACGUAAUUUCCCCCCAAAUCGGCCGAUAUUUUAUCGGUCCGAUAAAUAUCGUGCAUCCCUAGAUAUGACCUUGAAGAAGAUAUAUCAGCUUACAUGUAAUGUUCAGGACAAUUUAGUCAAACGCAUACAAAUAAGAGCACCUUAAAUGCAAACAUGAUUUUUGUAUAUGUAAAGUGUCACUCUUCUUGUUCUCCUCAGUGUAAAAAGGCUCUGAAGAGUAUCCUGCAGAAGUGCACCUACCUGCCAGGACUGGAGCCGCUCCUCUACGAUGCUCCGAGCAACAUCCUCAAACACGUUGUCUUCCAGUUUAGCAAGGUGAGGGACUGAGGCAUCAGAUCAUUGAUUUGCAUUUUGAUAAUCUUUACAGUGUUUAAAUCGUAUUCCUUCCCCCCCCCCCGCCCUGGAGGUGCUGCCUCAUGACAGUAAAGCUCGUCGCCUGUUCGUGACCAGCGGCGGGCUGAAGAAGGUUCAGGAGAUCGAGGCCGAGCCUGGCUCUGUUCUGCAGGAGCACAUAAACGCCAUCAACAGCUGUUUCCCCGAGGAGAUAGUCAGGUGUGUUCACCUUGCCAGUCCCAACACACACCACAACACACAGACCGUCUUUGUUGACAUCAUAACCGUGUGCUUUGAACAGCCUCUGAGAUGUAAACAGUAAUCCAGGCGCGUCUGAUCAGAUCACAUGACUGCAAAACAGCAAUUCCAGAGCUUUGUGUUGACUGAGGCAGAGUGCUGGUGCUGUUAUGUUCCUCUCCAAUAACAACCAAAACAUCAUUGUCUUCAAAAGGCACUUUUUUAAAGUGUAAAAGAACCUUAACAACAACAUGAUCCUUUGACAUUUUAUAAUCAUAUUCAUGAUACUAGUUUAAAAAAAGGCAAGAAAGGGUAAGAUAUUUAUAUAUUUAUCAUGUGUGUUUUAUGUUUUCAGGUACUAUUCCCCUGGAUACUCAGAGGUCCUACUGGAGCGGUUAGAGACCUACCAACCAGCCUGAUAUCGCCAUAAAUCACACAUCUCUAUUAAACUCAAAUAUGUACUGUUUGUGUGCCUGAGGUCAUAAAUAAGCUUUUCAUCUGUUGGGUUGAUGCUCAGCUUCAUCCAUGAUUAAAAUCUUUCUGAAAGUGUCUGCCACUGUAGCUUGUAGUAGGAAGAAUGUGUACGUUUACAUGCCAAUACUGUCACUAAAUUCUGUGUUGACCUUUAAAGUGAAAUCUGUCAGAAGCAGUUUUUAUUUGAAUAACAGUGACAGUGCUGUUGUAAUAAAUAUCAGCACAAAUCAAAAGAUAAUAAUGCUUUGAAAUGUAUCAGUAGUCUUUGCCUGUUUCUGUCCUGUCUCUGUCUGUCAAAUGUUUCACGAGUAGUGAAGUAAAAAAAAAAAAAAAGCUGUGCUUAUAGCCCGCAUGAUGGCACAAACUUAAGAGUGACAUUUGUUUUUAAGUUUUAAAAAUUGCAUUUAUUAGUUUAAAUUGAAACAUUUCAUACUAUUUUUUUGUAAUUUAAUCAUUUUACAGCUACUUCUUUGACUUCAACAUUUCCCCAAAAUGUAGUUAUUUUCUGUGUCUACAUGUCUCAGCAGACCAAAUGUGCAUUGCAUUUUUUCUGUAUAUGUAUUCAUUUGUUGUGCAAAGUUGGUAAAUGUGUGAUUAAAUUGAUCAGUUGGUACAAAGACCAACAGCAGCACCAUCUACAGAGUAUUCCAAACAUCUAUGGUGGAGUAAUACACAGUGAAACGUCCCUGUGAUGUCCUCUAUAUUAAUACUCAUGGGUCGCUUCUUAACCUAUCAGUGCUAAUUGGUCUGAACUGUAAAAAUAAUUUAACAACUAGAGCGAUAGGUCAACAAUCUGUAGUCCCCACAGAGCCGGCCCAAGGCAUAAGCAAAUUAAACACCUGCUUAGGGCCCCCCAGAGCAAUCAAAAAAAUAAUAUUUUUUAUGUUUUUUGCAUGUAUGAGUGAUGCUUUCUGUAUGAUCAAAUAUAUACUAUUGUAAAAAUAAAAUAAAGUAAAAACAUUUUAGUGCUGCUGCUGA